UAUUCGAGGGGCGAUCCGAUAGCUUCGCUCUUUCUAGUUUCUCUGUCUCUGUCUCUGUCUCUCUCUCUCUCUCACGAGAAAGCCGGGGGGAGACUAGAGAGAGAGAGAAAGAGAAACAAUCUCGUCGUCAUCGUCAUCAAUGCCCUGGUUUCCUAAAACUCUUUCUUCAGUUUCGUGCUUGCUGCUGCUUCUGUGCUUGCUUCUUUGUAUUGCAAUGGAUUCGUGAGAGUGAUUGGAAAGAUUGAAUAAAGAUUAAAAAAAAAAGAAGAAGAAGAAGGAAGAUGGAGAAGAAGAAGUAUCCGAUUGGACCCGAGCAUUAUACGCUUUUUGAGGAGGUCGGCCAGGGUGUGAGCGCUUCUGUGCACCGCGCUCUUUGUAAGCCCUUCGACGAGAUCGUCGCCAUCAAAAUACUCGAUUUCGAACGUGGCAAUUGCGAUCUGAAUAGCAUUUCACGUGAAGCGCAAACAAUGGUCUUGGUUGAUCAUCCUAAUGUCCUUAAAUCAAACUGUUCCUUUGUCAGUGACCAUAACUUGUGGGUUGUCAUGCCGUUCAUGGCUGGGGGAUCUUGUCUUCACAUACUGAAGGCUGCAUAUCCUGAUGGUUUUGAAGAGGUAGUUAUAGCAACGAUACUACGUGAAGUGUUGAAGGGUUUAGAGUAUCUUCAUCAUCAUGGGCACAUACAUCGAGAUGUCAAAGCUGGGAAUAUUCUCAUUGAUGCACGUGGUGCAAUCAAGUUGGGAGAUUUUGGUGUUUCUGCCUGCCUGUUUGAUUCAGGUGAUAGGCAACGCGUGAGGAAUACAUUUGUUGGAACACCUUGCUGGAUGGCGCCUGAAGUUAUGGAGCAACUACAUGGUUAUGACUUCAAGGCCGAUAUCUGGUCUUUUGGUAUAACUGCAUUGGAGCUUGCCCAUGGUCAUGCUCCUUUCUCAAAAUAUCCCCCAAUGAAGGUACUGCUUAUGACCUUGCAAAAUGCACCCCCUGGCCUUGAUUAUGAAAGGGAUAGGAAAUUUUCAAAGUCAUUUAAGCAGAUGAUUGCUAGUUGCUUGGUAAAGGAUCCUUCAAAACGACCUUCUGCAAAGAAGUUGUUGAGGCAUUCCUUCUUCAAGCAAGCUCGUUCGAAUGAUUAUAUUGCACGGACACUUUUGGAGGGCCUGCCUGUUCUUGGAGACCGAAUUAAGGCAUUAAAGAGAAAGGAGGAAGACAUGCUCGCACAAAAGAAAAUGCCAGAUGGACAGAAGGAGGAAAUUUCACAGAAUGAAUAUAAACGAGGGAUUAGUGGUUGGAACUUCAAUCUUGAAGAUGUGAAGGCUCAGGCUUCCCUGAUUCAGGACGUUGAUGACCCUAUAACUGAUGCUAAUCAAGGAGGGAGCUCAAAUUCUUUGUCUGCAUUAGAUGUGAUUGAAAAGCAAUUACAGUUCCAAAACUCUUACCAAGUUGUGGGCAUGGAAGAUAGUUCUGUUAUGCAAUAUCAACCAAUGCGUCUGCCAUUAGUUGACUCAACUACAAAUGAAGUCAAAAUCAAAUGCGAGAAAUCUGAUGAUGACUCUAGCAUUGCUAGUUCAUGCAAUGAACUGCACAUUUCAUUGAAUUGCUCACCGCGUCAUGAUGAUCAUGCUGAAAGUAAUGUGGCUGAAAAGACUGAUCUGGAGAACAAUGGAAAAAUAUCAGAGGCAACAACCCUUCCCUUUCAUCAUGGAAGGGCAAAUUCAUCAGCCAGCACGAUUUCACCCGAAGUUACUAUUAAAGGAGAGAGCGAUAAGUUGCAAUAUCAGUCCCAGAACACUGCAAGUUUCAAUGCAGCAACAGUUGCACAGGCAGCAGAUGAUGUGCUCUCUGAAGUUUCUUCUAAAGCAUCCAGAUCAUCAGCAAACAGUGAUGAACUUGAUGAGAAAGCAAAGGCACCAGUCGUUCAGCAGAAAGGACGUUUUAAAGUUACAUCUGAAAAUGUCGACUUAGAAAAGGUGGUCCCAUCUCCUCCACUGCAAAAGAGUCACAGUCUGCAGGUGAUUACCCCACAGCCUGCAAUUCCUCUACCAUCACCUCUACCGUCCCCUACACGACCACCUUCUGAUGCUGCAUCACCAAAUCUUGCCAGCUAUUCCCUUUUCCCAGUGUUGCAUUCUGUUUUGCAGACAAAUAUUGUUCAAAGGGAUAAUAUUUUAAGCCUAAUGAAGCGAGUUGCUGCUGGUGACUCUACAGCCAACUGUGUGGUUGAUGGAGUAGGCAUGCCGGCAAAUAUUGCCGUGACAGAGAAAUCUUUGCUUGAAGCAGCUCAUGACAGAGAGAAGGAGUUGCUUCAUGAAAUAGCUGAGCUGCAAUGGAGGCUUAUACGUGCUCAAGAUGAGCUCCAAAAAGUAAAAACAGAAAAUGCUCAGGUAUGAUUCCAUUAUCUAGCCGGUGCUCUCGGGUGGAUAUAGAAGAAGUUUUCAAUUUCAAGAACACUGACAAGUUUAGGGG